AUGGGAUCCGAGCUCGCAGACGAGCGCGAUGACCUCGUCUCGCUUCUCAACUCAGAGUGGACACAACCACAGGGAAGGGAUUGUCGAGACACCACACGCCUUAGGACAAGGGACCCUUUCUUGCUAGCCAUCUUGCGGGAAGACGGAGAGGCUGUUGAAGGCGGCGACGUUGGUUAUCAUUCUGAACAUCAUACCAUGCAACGGCCAAUUUGGACCCAUGCUGUCGCCACUGACGAAGUUGCCGUGUCGGCAAGCAAAACCACUCGGAGAACGAAGAAGACCUUUGUCAUUCCUAUCGACACUUCAAUCGUCCGAGAACCUCCGCCGACAAGUUCCAUCAAUGGACAAUCACUACACCAGGAUGAAGUGGAGAAUUUGCGACACCAGUUAAAAGAGGCAUCCAACGAACUCAAGGUGUGGAAACAACGAUGGGCCAUAAAGAACAACCCCACCGCAGCCUCAAAUCAGGAGGCGGCUCCGCAUAACCAACCUCCUUCGUCGUCCGUUCGUCAAGACAAUCUACGGAUUGCUGAGCUUCAAGCAGCACUUGGGCACCUUCAAACACGCCACCAACGUCUUCGAACGAGCAAUACUCAACUGCGACAGCGAUGCAAUGAACUGGAGGCCUUGACAACAUCCCAAGCCACCGCGUAUGCCAUUCAAGAGCAAACGAUUGCGUACUUGCAGGAAAAGUUGCAGGCACAAGCGCUACUCGCCAAGGAUACCCACCGGCGAGUGGCAACGAGGGAGAACAACAUUCCGCAGCAUAGCCAUACACGUGCAGCGCACUGCCAACUCGACUCUAUCGCAUGUGACCAAGCGCGCGUGCAAAGACCAGCCAGCACUGUUGCGCCUCCAGUCGCAACAUCGAUAUCAACACCUCAUUGGUCAAAAUCCCGUACAGUUCCACCAAUCACAAGUUCCCAUUCCCACCCAGUGACUCCACCAAUCACAGAGAAGCUUCGACAAUUGUACGUCAAGCAAAAAAGUGCCGCCGCCGCCACCACCACGUCAUGAUCGCCCGCAGUGUCCGUGAAGCCGCCAUGCACAUGGGAGCUGUGCGUGAGCUAAUCCUUCAACGGUCUGAAGACCUUCUGUGUCGCAACUUGAUGUGCGAACGCGUGGGUGAAGCGUGCGUGUGUCGUUUCAGCAUGGUCUUGGAAAAGCUGCCACAGUUGAAGGCUCUCAACGUGAGUCACAAUCACCUGCAUGCGCUCCCUCCCUCUCUGUUCAACUUACCCCAACUGGAAGAAUUGAACCUUGGGCACAACAACCUUUCCGACACAGCCCUUGUGGGCCUCGAGGGGCUGCAGUCGCUCCGCCACCUCGACCUCUCGCACAACCAACUUACGAGUGCGCCGUCGACGCUUGCGCUUCUGCCAUACAUCCAAGUCAUCGACCUUCGUGGCAACCCCAAGCUCAACCUUCGCUCCCUCCCGUCCCUGCCAGCCCAUGUCUCGUUACUCCACGAAUAACAACAGUACUAGCAUUCCUUAUAACUUAAACUAUUUUCGGCAGCAAAUGCACACUUAACGGCGGCUCUGGGUGCGUCGCCACCGCAGCUGCUGUGGGUUGCUUGGUCGAGCUCAUUUGCGACCCCAUGCGAUGGAUCG